UAUUGAUGUUUUGCAACGCAGACAAAACCUCUCCUCUCUCUUCCGUUUGUGCAUUGGGUACACGUAAGAAAAAAGAGAGAAUAUGUCGCAGGUCUCAGCAACUCCAUGCGCUCCUCCGAAUAAAGGAACAGGCCAUGUGAUCGAACGUCGGUCGGCGGGUUAUCACCCCAGCGUAUGGGGGGAUUACUUCCUUAAAUAUGAUUCUCCCUCCAACUCAGUGAAGUUCAAAUUCCUCGGAAGAGUGGAGGGACAAAUUGAGGAACUGAAAGGAGAGGUGAAGAAGAUGCUGAUUGAUGUCGUGGAGAAGCCCUUACAAAAGCUUCACUUGAUUGAUCAAAUCCAACGCUUGGGAAUUGAGUACCAUUUUGAACGUGAAGUAGAUGAGCAAUUAGAACAAAUCCACAAAAGUUACUCUCGACUUGAUCAUGAAGAUUUUAAGGUAGAUGACCUUCACAUGGUCGCUCUCAUCUUUAGAUUGCUGCGACAACAUGGUUACAAUAUUUCAUCAGAGGUCUUUGACAAAUUCAAAGAUAGCAAAGGGAACUUCCGAGAGUCGCUCACAAGCGAUGUGCGUGGAUUGUUGAGCCUAUAUGAAGCUUGCCAUUUAAGGUGUCAUGGCGAUUCAAUCUUGGACGAAGCACUUCCUUUUGCUACAACUCACCUUGAAUCGAGCAAUAAAAGCAAAGUGAGCACUAGUCUUGCAAAACAAGUGAGUCAUGCUCUAAAGCAGCCACUUCGCAAGGGAUUGCCAAGGCUCGAGGCGAGCCGCUAUAUUCCACUCUACCAAGAAGAGCCUUCACAUGAUGAAGUUUUGCUUACCUUGGCCAAACUAGAUUUCAACUUACUGCAAGAGCAACACCAGAAGGAACUUGGCAAGAUUACUAGGUGGUGGAAGAAUAUAGAUGUUCCAAGAAAGUUCCCAUUCGCUAGAGACAGGAUUGUGGAGUUGUUCUUCUGGACCACGGGAAUAUAUUUCGAGCCGGAAUUUGCCAUGGCCAGAGAGAUACUCACCAAAGUGAUCUCCCUCACUUCCAUUAUGGACGAUAUCUACGAUGUCUAUGGCACAGUGGAAGAACUUGCACUCCUCAAUGAAGUAAUCCAAAAGUGGGAUGUUGAUGCCAUGGAUGGAUUACCAGAGUAUAUGCAAACUUAUUUCAAGGAGUUUCUCCAGCUCUAUGAAUAUAUUGGGAAUCAAUUGGCCGCAAAAGGAAGAUCGUACCGCCUUAUCUAUGCAAAAGAAGUUAUGAAGAAGCUAGUAAGAGCAUACUUUCAGGAAGCCAAAUGGUUCCAUACCAACUAUAUACCAACACUGGAAGAGUACAUGCCACUUCAACUAAUAACGACUGGCUAUGGAAUGUUAGCGACUACAUCACUUGUAGGAAUGGGCGAUGUGGUCACAGAACAUGUUCUUAAAUGGUCGGUCAGUGAUUGCAAGAGCGUGAAGGCUACACAAACCAUAUGUAGGCUCAUGGAUGAUGUUUCCUCUCAUGAGUUUGAGCAAAAGAGGGGGCAUGUAGUAUCUGCGGUGGAGUUGCUCAUGAAAUACCAUGGCGUCUCGGAGCAAGAAGCCGGGGAGGAACUCCUAAAAGGAGUCAUUGAUGCAUGGAAGGACACCAAUGAAGAGUUUCUUCGUCCAACUGCAGUCCCAAUGUUGGUUCUCACACGAAUGCUCAAUUUCUCGCGGGUGAUAGAUGUGUUAUAUAGUGAUGGAGAUAAUUACACCCAUUCUAAAACCAAGCUCAAAGAUUAUGUGACAUUGCUCUUCGUCAAUCCCUUGCCGAUGUAAAGUUUGGACCAAAUGUUAUCACACCAAUUUGGUCAUUGUAAAUCAAUAGUCUAUUGAUUAUGCCUUUGAAACCCUACUUUUCCCGGAUGUAUGAGGGAAAAUAUCAUUACUAGUAUGUACUUUCAUAUUGAUGUGCUCAAUAAGGCUCAUAAUUAAAGAGAUGCAUAUGGGUAUGGUGUUGCUAAUUUCAGAAGUCUAGCAUAUCAUGUAAUUGUAAUAUUUCAAUAAUUCCAACCACUUUGUCCAAAA